UUAAGUUCUAAGCACUAAAUUCAUUCCAUUCCAGCGAUGAAUCUUUUAAAAUACCUUUACUGCUUUAGCAUGAACAACAGUUGAAAACGAGCAUUUAAAGCGAUAAGACUUGAUAAAAAAAGGAAAUCAAACGUUAAGUAAAAACAGUAGAAGCCGUCUUCUGUUGUGUGUAGACAAAAAAGUGUUAUGUAGUUGUACAAAAAAUCAUACCUGAAUACAAAUAGACAAACAUAAAUAAUACAUACAGUAUAUAAUACAAUAGUGAGUGUGUGUUUGUGUGUUAAAAAGAAUAUAUAUAAAAAUUAUCUGUUAUAAAAAAAAGAAAAAAAAACUCCGCAAUCUACGACAUGCGUUCUAUAUACUAAAGAGUAAAAAUCAACCGUAAAAAAAAUAUUCAACAAAUUUAACAACAUGAAGUGAAACUGUAGACUUUGUUAAAAUAAUAAAUUAAAGUGUAAUUUGUUAAAGCCAAACAUGUCCAGCCCGAGACACCCACCAUCGAGUCCUCGUUAUAUACCUAAAAUGGAGCAACAUCAUUAUAGCUGGGACGAGGGUACCAACGGCGGCAAACCGUUGCCUAGUCAAAAUCAAACAUCAGUUAAGGUUCCUAUCCGUGCAUCAUCAUCGCCACUACCGUACAAAUGUCCCAAACCACCCAGAAACUUUCAAGUACAAAUCGCUGGUAAUCCAUAUGAGUCAGGUGUAAAGACAUCAUCGCUGCCACAACGCAGCCCAUCAGUGCGUAGUAAUUACAGUUGUCAAAGUAGUUAUUCGGAUGCUGCUUCGUCAUCUUCGCUGGGAAGUAGUCGUUCAAGUAGUCGCGAUAAUCCACCACGUAGUCCGAAGAUAACGACCACUUUUGCCAAUGACUGUAGUGAUGAUGGUGGCCAGUCGUCGGUUUCCUAUUAUCAUACGCCUACUUCUGGAGCCCGCAGUCCUAAGGGAGUUUUUUCGAAGGAAAACUCUAUGGAUUCACCAUCUUGUCUGCUGUAUAGUGGCAGUCAAACUCCAGUGUCACCACGCCGUAGUCCGCAUGCAGCUCGUAGUUUUGUUUUUGAAGCCAUUAGUCCUGUAAUGGAUUCUCCUAGUAGAAAAUUUGAAUAUUAUGAACCAGUUUCACCGGACGACGAGGGUGAUGAUGCAGAGAAUGGCUACGAAACACAAUCGCAAGCACCACCCUUAUCGCCUAAAUUGUAUGAACAUAGAAGACAGAGUUCCAAGAAAAUGAUGCGCUCAACGCCUGUGGAUCAAUUAAGCAGAUUUAGUAGUACAAAUCAAUCUUGCAAACGCAGUGAUGAAUGGGAAAUGACAGUGUCUUCAAAUGCGGGUACUGAUUAUCAAGGCUUAGGUGUUAACAAUUAUUACAUGAAACGAGAUUCGUGUGUUACUGAGUGUACGCAACUGUCCGUAGAGUCAGAAACGAGUACUUUAGCAACUACAACCACGUCUUUUAGUUACUCUGAUACAUCCACAAGGCAAACGUCAUCGGAUCAGGCUCAAGACUUAAGUCCCCUAGUGGAGCCCAGUGCAGCCGCUCGUAAACGUAGACAUGCCAUAAAUAUCACUUCAAAUCCCGGUUAUCAGGUUCUCCAUAGCUCACACUCUACUUUGGAUCGUACUUGUUCGGAUAGUGUGGUAUCUUUGCGUUACAGAAAAUCCACCAGCGAUUUAACUCAAGACUCUGAAAACGAUAGAAACAAACACAAACAUGUUGGCGAAGCUACAACGCCCACAGCCGGUGGCUAUAAACCACGUCGACGUGGUAGCUCAAAGGGAGGUUUAGCCUAUUUAGCCAGUCGUCGUAGUUCUCGUGAAUCUAUGAAAAGCGCUUGCUCAAAUGCUUCGUUGGUGUCGAAUGACGACAUUGGCCCUUUGGCAUUUCAGGCAUCGAAUCGUGGCCGUCAACGUAGAACUUCAAAUUUUCUCGAACUACCAGUACCCGAUCACUUUCGACCACGUGUUUGUUCCUUACCAGACCGUCCUUAUAAUCCUCGGGUCAGUGAUGAUUUAUAUCGUUUGCGUCAUUUUUCGAUUAGCAAAGGAAAUGUGGUCAAUUGUGGUGAUUCAAUUAUAUCCAGACGUUCACGCAGUAAUACAAGUGUCAACUCUACGAAUAGCCGUGCUAGUGAAAGAUCUCCCUUUGAGGGUUCUUGCUGUGGUGGUGGUUAUGCUAAUGUUGACUCGGUACCCGUAUCACCAGAAGAAGACGAUGACUCCGAAAAUUACGAACCUCCGCCACCACCACGAUAUCGUGUUGUUAUGUUGGGCGAUGCUGGUGUUGGAAAAACGGCUCUAGUUAAUCAAUUUAUGACAUCGGAAUAUAUGCACACAUACGAUGCCAGUCUAGAUGAUGAAUUUGGGGAGAAGACGGUUAGCAUACUGUUGGACGACGAAGAAUCCGAAUUGGUGUUCAUUGAUCAUCCGAGUGUGGAAAUGAGUGUCGAGAAUUCAUUGUCAACAUAUGAACCCCAUGGAUGUGUUAUAGUUUUCUCCAUUGUAGAUAAGGCUUCAUUUCGCGUAGCAGAGGAAAUAAUAAAUUAUUUGUGGCAGGAAAAUUAUACUAAAGAUAAAGCUGUUAUUCUAGUCGGCAACAAAGCUGAUUUAGCUCGCUCCAGAGUUAUAACGUCCCAAGAGGGAAAAUCAUUGGCGGCCUCACGCGAUGCUAAAUUCAUAGAAACGUCCAGUGGCAUUCAACAUAAUGUAGAUGAAUUACUUGUUGGCACUUUGAAACAGAUGCGUCUCAAAGAAUCACGUGAAAAGAAGGCCUCUUCAAAAAUGAAAACUUCCCGUACCCAUAUAUCUUUGCAAAUGGCAAAAGAAAUUCUUCACAAAAUUUGCCUUAGUGACAUUUCUAAAUCCAAGAGCUGUGAAAAUCUUCAUGUUUUAUAAAAUAUUUAUAAAUGUCAAUUUUCUAUUAGAACUUAUCAAUUGUAUAUGAAAUUGAUACAAAAACUGCUGUUGCUUCUAACAAAAGGAUUAAAAUUCAUAGAAACAAACAAGAAAAAUAUUUUCAUUUAUAUAGAGUAAAACUAAUUAAUUCUUAAAAAGUCUCUUCCAAAUAAAUACAAAAUAAAUCAUAUCGA